GCGACGAAGAAGAAGACCGUCGACAAGAAGGCGAAAUCGACGAGGAAGAAGAUAGUCCGUGGGGAGGAAGAAGAUAGUCCGCCAUAGCAGACGGCGGCCAGAGCCGCCAAGCUCGGAGGAAGAAGAAGACAAGUUGGACGAAGGAGGAGUAGAGAGAGAGAGAGAGAGGUGAUGAAGGUGAGGGAAGUCGUACCCGGCCAAGAUGAAGGAGAAGGCGCCAUUGCCGAGCGUAAGGACGAAGGAGGAGGAGGGCGAAUUGGGAAUGCCAACAGGGUCCAUGGGCACUUCCAGUUCGUUAGGUUCUACGCAGUCUACAAGUCAAAUGGCGGGCUCACAGUUAAGCUCGUUGACUCCACGCGAAAGGAGCUCAGGGAGCUCCAGCAGGUCGAAAGGAUCCGUGAACAGUUAGAGAGGGAUCUGAAGAAAGCAACCGAUAGAGAAAGGGAGAUUACAAAUAGAGCAGCCAGGCUUGAUACUUUAGAGAACAAGGCUGAGUUAGAGGGCUUGGAUGAGUCAGCAUUGUCUGACCAAAUGAAAACACUCAAGAAGAAUAUGUUGUCGUUGCAUGCACACGUGGACAGCAGAUUAGACUUCAUGCAGGGCACUCUAGACGAGAUCCUGGAUGUAUUGACAAGGCCAGGAUUCAGGCCACAAGCACAAUCACCAUUGCCGUUAUCGGCGAUGUCAGGCCCCUUUCCAGUUCAAGUUGGUACACAGCCAAGUGGUACGUCUGCAGCAGCCGCACAGACUGUUGAAUCUUCUUCUUCGGGUCCAGCGGUGGUUGCUACACCACCGCAACAACCUGUUCAGCAAUCUGGACAGCCGCAGGGUCAAUGGUUUCCUAAGACCCCAAUGAAACCGCCUCUUGCCUUCUCAGGCGAGAGAAAGGACGAAGAACUCAACACUUGGUUGAGAACAGUCCCGGUUUGGGUGAAGGCAAAAAGGACCUUGCUGGAGGAUGAAGUGGUUACUGUUGCAUCUGACCUUGAGGGUAAGGCAGCCAAAUGGCUAGAUGGUGUAUUUGUGAAGGCCGGGUACGGGCGACGCAUGGUGGACUGGGCUAAGUCUUUAACGUUAGACCAGUUCAUGGAGAUGGUAGAAGCUCGAUGGCAUAAUCCACAGGAGGCACAAAGAGCCACUGACGCGAUUAACAAACUAGACCAACGAAAAUUCAAGUCGGUCAGAGAGCUUAGGACUACCGUAGAGAGCCUGAUCCUCGUUCCAGGCAUCAACUACAGUGACCAGUUCCUGUUAACUAUGUUUGUUAGAUGUCUUUCAGAGAACAUCAGGAACUUACUGGCUAGUGAGGCACGCAUUGAGUACCGUUCGUUUGACACAUUGUCUAGGAAAGCCCUAGAUUUGGCGGCCACUUUAGGCAAUGCGCAACCCUCUCAGAGUGACACAAAGAAGAAGAAGAGUCCUCAGGAGUGGAAGAAGAAGGGGGCUAAGUUGAUGAUGGUUGAGUCCGAUGGGACUCAAACUGAGAUUGACGAGCUCACUGACCUGAUCGACUAUUCAGAGUACGACGGCGAGGAGACCGUUGAGGGUAGCACCCUUGCCGCAGUUGUAAAGGCUAAGGCAGGUGGUCGAGGGAAGGGUCAACCAAAGAGUCCAGGGAAGGCCGCCUCCAAUCAGACCAAAGUGGCUGAUUGGGUCAAGGCGGGUCUUGAUCAAGACGUGUGGCGUGACCGCCGAGUGCGUGGCGCUUGUAUCAACUGCGGGGAAUACGGUCACUCGCAGUACAAGUACCAGAACGCAAAGGAUGCGAAGAAGUUGAGAUCAAAUGAGUACAUGAGCAAGAAGAUGCCAUCAAAGAAGUUGGCAAAGUCCACCUACGAAAGGGAACUCUAUGCUCUAUAUAAAGCACUUGUCCAUUGGAAACACUUCCUAUUGGGAAGGUUCUUCUACUUGAGGACUGAUCAUCAGACCCUCAAAUGGAUCAAGACUCAACCGGCUGUUUCUGACGCACUCAAGCGAUGGAUUGAGGUCAUAGACCAAUAUGACUUCAAGCUUGAGUAUCUGAAGGGAGAGUACAAAAAGGUUGCAGAUAAGCUAUCACGUAGAGCAGACUACCUAGGUGCGCUAGUUUCUGACUUUGGCGUAUCUAAUGAAGUAACUCGAUCAUUGGUGGGAGCCUAUCAGGAAGACCCUGUCACGAUGGACAUCAUGCGCAAACUUCAGGCAAAAGACAAGGCCACGGAAAGUGAGUUUGUGAUGGUGGACGGGUUACUCUAUCUUGAAAAGGCCGGAAUAAAAAGGUUAGUAGUUCCAUCUAGUGAACGUUUGCGUAGUUUGYUUUUAGGCGAAUGUCAUGACGCAACCGGGCACCUUGGCUACAAGAAGACGAGUGCUAACCUAGUACAGCGAGUUUGGUGGCCAAGAAUGUUAGAUGACGCAAAGAAGUACGUAGAGCCCUGUCAGGUCUGUCAGCGGGACAAGCCACGAAUUCAAACAUCGCUUGGGUUGUUGAAGCCUUUGCCUAUUCCCGCUGGUCCAGGACAAAGUGUCUCCAUGGAUUUCAUGGACACCCUGGUGACUAGUAAAAGUGGCAAGAGGCACAUUUUCGUCAUCAUCGAUCGAUUCACCAAGUACGAUAGGCUAGUGGCCAUGCCAGAGACCGCAAGAACUGACUAUGUCAUCAAGUUGUUCAAGGACAACUGGGUAGGGGAACGUGACUGGGUCAAGGCUAGUGAGUUAGGACAGGAGUAUGAAAUCUCUCGCAAACUAAUGCCUCAGUAUUUUGGUCCCUGGGAAGUCCUGGAUAUAGUGGGAGAUGAGAUGGAUGGUCCCACAUAUGUCAUUCAUGUCCCUGGACACUUACGCACUCACCCAGUCUUUCAUGCCUCAAAGCUUGCACCUAUCGCUGAGACAGAUCAAUUCCCUUCCAGGAGAUCGAUGCUGCCCCCAACCAUGGAUGGUCAAGUGGACAUCGACGACAUUGUGGAUCACAGAGAUUUGCCUGUUCAGAAGCCAUUGGGUAGAGGAAGAUCUCCUAAACCCAAGAGAGAAUAUCGCGUCAGAUUCAGACAUCAUACGGAUCCAAAGGAAGACCGGUGGUUUACCAGAGAGGAACUGAUUGACACAGCUCCUCAGGUGGUGGCAGAAUAUGAGAGACUGCUGAAAGGGAAGGCACAUGCGAAGUAAACAUCUCAGCGGACUUUCGAAGCUAAGGGGGAUGUCAUGUGAGGAUUGAGCCCUCAAGUAGGGGCCUUGCCAUGAUGUACAUGUUUUGGGCUAAGGCCUUAGCAAGCCUCGUGCCCGCCCUAAGUGAAGGCGGGCCAGCAAAUCAACAAAAGCCCUCUGU